AUGAGCGGUGCAGUUGGAGAAAAUGACUCCUCUCAAAUAAUGACGAAUCAAGCGAUCUCCUCAAUACCUUCUUCGGAGCUGGUGAUGCGUUUUUGCAGAUUCAGACCCUUCAUCAAGUAUGAAAUGAACGAUGAAAGCGAUAAGAAGGCUCAAUGUAGUGUUGCCUUCCAUAAAUCUUUGAAGAAUGUUCUAUUAAAGUACGGAGUUGAAAAGCCAGUGAAAUAUGAUUUUGAUAAAGUAUUCCCCAUGAGUACAACUCCAGAACAGAUCUUUGAUUCGCUUGGAUUACCAAUGUUGAAUGAGUCGAUAACCACUGGAUGUAAUAACAUUCUUAUCAGUUGUGGAGGAAAAUACAGCGGACGAUCGUUCUCCAUUGUUGGAGGAAGGAACUGGGAAAGUGAAGAUGUUGGGCCUAAUGAUGCCCUUCUGUUCCGAAGCAUAAAGUUUCUUCUCGAACACAAAUAUGCCCUUACAUUAUCGGUGAAUAAGGUGAGAAAUGGUUCUUCGGUUGAAUUGAUGAAAAAGCGAGAAUCAAAUACCAUAAGUUCUUUGCGAGAUCUCAAUGAAUGCUUAAAGAUAGUUCUCAGGGAGGAUCAAAUUGAAAACAUUUCAGGAACCAUCAUCUACACCGUCAAAAUCGAAGAUAAAGAUCGAACCAAGAGAUUUUAUCUCACUUUGAUCGACUCUACAUUGGAAGAUAUACACCUCAUUUCAGAGGUGUUGAGAGGGGAGACAACAGAAUCCAAUUUAUUAUUUAAAAAUAUUCUUAAUGAACUUAUUGUAGGAAACUUUAAAGUAGUGGUAUUGGCAAAUUGCUCUCCGCAUGUUUCUGCAGCUGAAGUUGCAAAGAAGACUAUGGACAUAACGACUGGUUUUUCGAUUACUAAGACAGUUCACACGGAUCCACCAUCAAGCGUUGGAAAUACUUCUCAGGUUGUUGGAAAACUUGCCAAAAAUUAUGAGGAUAUGAUAGCUAGGCUAAGACUAAACCAUAAUGCCCUCAAAGAAACAUGCAUAACACUGAGAAGAGAGAAAGAUGAGAUGAAGAAUCAGCUCGUUAGAGAUAUUCAAAAAAACAUUGAAUCAGUUGAAGCAUUUCUAAACGAAGAAUUAUCAAAAUUCGAUAAAAACGAAAGAUCGAAACAACACAAUGAACUCGAAGAGAAAAAUCAGCAACUGAGGAAACUACAGAGCCAAGUGUUGGAAGCAACAGAGAAUGAACAUCGUUUGAAAGAAACAAUUGAAAAGUUAUUACACGAGCAAAGUAUAAAUAAGGAUGUUGCUUCUCGCUUGUUAAUUGAAAAAGAAGAGCAGUUCAAGAAAACUAUUAAUGGCCUUGUCGAAAAUCAUGCAGUACAAAUAGCAGAAAUUACUGAAAACUGGGAGCAUGAAAAAAGAAUGCGAAUAGAUUUGGAAAGAUCUCACCAUGCUGAAAUUCACAAAAUCAAGCAGGAAUACUCUGAAAAACUUGAGCAUCUGAACAUUCAGUUAAAAGAAAAACAGGAGUUGCUGGAUCAUGCUGUAAUCAGAGCUAAUAACAUGGAGAAAGAAAUGAACAACAUGAAAACAAAACUCAUGUCUGAUCAAAGUGAAAAGAAAACCACAUCAGACCGCACCGAUUUGUUGGCUCAGCAGGUUACCAUUCUCGAGCAAGCGUUGCUAGAGAGCAAGGAAAAGGAAGACAAGUUAGUUGCUAACAUCAAAGACGAAAGAGAGAAACAUAAGAGAGAAAUUGAAGAAUUGCAAACCUCUCAUAAUAACGAGCUAAAACAUUACACGGAAUUACAGCAAGAGAAGAUUCAAUUAGAACAGAGUUUGGUUGAAAUGGAGGAACGAAUCAAGAAUACUACUUCAGCUAGCAAUGAUAAUGCUAGAAAACACGAACAGGAAAUGCAAGACCUGAAGGCCAAAAUUGUUGGUCUUGAGAAGGCGCUGGAAUUGAGAAACGUUGAAAAUGAAAUGUCAAUGCUACGUCAAAUAGAACAAAAGGACCAGGAGUUAAAGUCAAUGAAGAUGCAAUGCAUUGAACUCAACAAUGUAAUCUCAUCGUUAAAUAUCAAAAUUAGGGAGCUGGAGUCUUGCCGAGAUAUGGACCGUAAGACUUGGAUAGAAAGCGAGUCAUCUUUGAAAGAGAACCUGUCAGAAGUCUUCUCUCAACUCAACAGAUCUAAAGAGAAGAUUAUUUUACUUGAAGACGACAUUGCUUUGAAGGAUUCAACCAUAAAAGAACUGGAAAAUAAGGGUUCUGAAAGCUUGCAGCAAUUGUUGAAGCUGCAAUCAACUUUAACUGAGAGAGGAAAUGUCAUUUUGAACAUGGACAGAGAAAUGAAAAGUCUAAAAGAGGAAAAUACUGCUCUGAAAACAGAAAUUGAAAACAAACUCAGAGAGGUACAAGACAUGGAUCAAAACCUUAGGGAAGGUUCAUCGAAAAUAUCGACUUAUGAGGUUGAGAUUCAAUCACUGAGAGAACUGAUCAACACCAACAAGGAGAUAAUUACAAAGUUAACAUCUGAAAAGUCUAUGAUGGAAAAGCAAAUUAGCACUCUCCUGCAUGAUGCCUCAUCAUCCACUGACCAACUUUCAAUUGAGAAGAACAAUUUAGAGCUAGAAAAGUCAAAGUUAGAAGUGGCAUAUCAACAUGCAGUUGAAUCUUCAAAAAAACAAAAAGAAAAGCUGCAAACACUUUCAAAUAAGGUAUUAGAGUUGGAAAGAUUGCUCGUUGAAAAGAAUAAUGAGUUGAAAAAUUUACAAACUGCCUGUCAUGCAACUGAUCAAAAGUUCAAUGAAUUGUUGAGCGAGUUAAACAAAACCAAAGAGGAACAUUCCAUCCAAUUGGUCGAAAAGGACAGAAUGAUAUCUUCUCUAGUUCAAAAGUCAACAGAACUGACCAAAAAGCUUGCAGAACAUUCCAGUAAUGACCAAAUUAAAAAAGAUCUAGAAAAGGAAAAUAGUGUGUUAAAGGAAGAAAUUCUAUCUCUAAGCAAAGAAAAGGAUGUCAUAGUGGUGGAGCAAGAAAAGCUAUCUAAACUUGUACAUAGUUUAAACAAAAGUAUUGACGAUUUGAAAAAGGAAAAAAACGAGCUACAAAGACAGAUAAUUAGCUCCAACAAUGGUGACAACACUUCUACGGACGAAAAGUGUAAGAUCUAUGAAUCUCAAGUUCAAACUCUUUCUUCCAAAAACAAGGAUUUACUGGAAAUGCUCGAAAAACACAAGAGUGAGCUCAUCACACAACAAAAUUUUACUGCUGAGAUUGAAAGAAAAUUGAAACAGUCCGAAGCUGUUACUGAAAACAUUCGAAAGGAAUUGCAGGAGAAGCAAUCAUUGAUUAGCGUUAUCAAGGCAGAGCUCUCCAAUAAGGAUGCGGAACUGAAAAAUUCCAAAACGUUAUGCAGUGACUCUAUAAAUGCCAUUAAGAAACUUGAGUUGUCUGUUCAGGAUAGAGACAGAGAAAUAAUCAGGUUGAAGAAAGAGUUAGAAAAGAACAUUAUACUUUUGGAAAAGGGUAAAACAGAAAUUACUCAUCACGCUACUGAAAAAUUAAGUUCAGAUGCAAAGAGUUCUGCUUUACCAACAACGUCAUCCGAGGUAACACAACUUCGCAAUGAACUUGCGCAAACAAAGUUGGAAUUGGAAAAUGUUAAAGACAAGCUACAAAGCUUGUCCAGCGAGCAGAAGAAGAAUCAAAUUUUAAUUGACAUUUCCACAAAACCAACCUCUAAGGAAAAAAUUCUUUCUCAUAUUCAAACAUUAAUCAUUGCUGUGGAAAAAGCAAAACAAGAAAAAUACCACUACAAGAAGAUAUGCAAGCAGUUGGAGGAAGAGUUAGAAAAGUGUAAAAAGUUAGCUCUCAACUCGCCCCGUCAACAACAGAACAUUGAAAAGCUCAUGAAAUGUGAAAACAUUAUCAAAGAAGCGCGUGCAAACUUAAAACGUCUGGGCUCCUUAAACGAUUAA